GGCCUGGGAAAGCAAAACCAGACAGCCAUGACCCAGUUCCUCCUUCUGGGGCUUUCUGAAGAUGCAGCCCUGCAGCCCCUCCUCUUUGGGCUGUUCCUGUCCAUAGACGUGCUCUGUGUUCUAGGCAACCUGCUCAUCAUCCUGGCCAUCACCUUCGACGCCCACCUCCACACACCCAUGUACUUCUUCCUCUCCAACUUGUCCCUCAAUGACAUCUGUUUCAUCUCUACCACAGUACCCAGGAUGUUGAUGAACAUCCAGACACAGAGCAAAGCCAUCUCAUAUGAAGGCUGUCUUGCCCAGAUGUAUUUUUUCAUGAUUUUUGCCACUCUGGACAGCAUGCUGCUGACAGUGAUGGCCUAUGACCGGUUUGUGGCCAUCUGCCACCCACUGCACUACACGGUCAUCAUGAACCCUCGGCUGUGUGGCCUCCUGCUUCUGCUUUGUUGGUCCAUCUCCCUGGGACAGUCUUCCCUUCAGGUCCUCCUGGCACUGAGGGUGUCUUUCUGCAGGGAAACAAAAAUCCCCCACUUUUUCUGUGAACUCGCUCAGAUCCUCAAGCUUGCCUGCUCUGACCUUAUAGUCAACACUAUUGUGCAAUAUUUUAUAACAGGACUGUUAGGUAUCAUCCCGCUGAGUGGAAUCCUUUUUUCUUAUUCUAGAAUCAUCUCAUCCAUAUUGAGCAUUUCCUCUGCAGCAGGCAAGUAUAAAGCCUUCUCCACCUGUGCCUCUCACCUCUCAGUGGUCUCCUUGUUCUAUGGUGCGGGGCUUGGGGUCUACCUCACUUCUGGAAUGGUGCAUCCCUCCAAAACAGGCUCAGUGUGUUCAGUGAUGUACACAGUGGUCAGCCCCACACUGAACCCCUUCAUCUACAGCUUGAGGAACAAGGACAUGAAGGGGGCUUUGAGAAGCUUCUUCAACAGAGUGGCUUGCUCUCAGUGA